AAAAAAACACCCCCUAACAACCAUACACUCUCGUUCACCUUUCGCCUACCAACACACAUUACAUACCACUCAAGAUGGUAGACUGGCUAUCCCUCGCCGUGCCGUUUGCCUACUUGGGCGUUCUCCUUGGCUCCCUCGCAACAUUCUCUUCUCUCUACCGCAAGCGCAAAGCCAGAAAGGCUUUCUCCCUUGAAGCAUGGUUCCCCGCACACGUUCAGCGCGACAUCUAUUUCAACCUCUUACACCUCGACCCCCCAAAAGACAGCAAGGAGAAGAAGGCCCCCGCGGUCCCGGAGUCGGUACUCAAGGCUGCGCUGCUGCGUCGCGCGAUUGAAGACAUCAAGCGCGUCAUGCAAUUGAGAUCGCAGAAGCAGGCCCUGGCGAUGUUGUUGCAACGGGGCAGUGUCGGUGAUGAUCUGUGGCAGCGGUUUACGAGAGCGGAGAAGGAGAUGGAAGAGGAGGUGCGCGACGUUGUUGCUGAGGCCAACGCUUACGUCCCCGGCUGGGGCCAGACCAUUUUCCAAUCCGCCAACGAGAUGCUGAACAAUGACCUCUAUCGGGAGCGCAUGGAGAAGGAGCAGGCUAAGCUCGAGGAAGAACGCAAAUGGUGGGAGAACAAGAAGGCUAACACCCAGGAGGAGUUUAUGAAGGAGUUGGAUGCCGAGGCUACGAAUGCGAACUCCUCUAGGAAACAGUCUGAUGGUGCCGCCACGCCAAAUUCUUCCACACCGGCGAUCAAGACUCCUGGGUCUUCUUCUGGGGCGCCGCCAUCGGUGGCGGGGAGUAGUGAUGAUGAUGGGGUGCUGGUUGAGGCUGACGAGCAGGCAAAGAAAUAA